CCUUCCCUUUUUACAGCUCCUUCACACUGCCUUAACUGUUUCUCUUUGGGAAAACUUCUGUGUGAAGUUAACUAGCCAACUAACUACAGCAAGACUCACGGUGGCAGUCGCUCAGCCGAAACGAGGAGCUUGUCAUAAAAGUCGGUUUGCAGAAAAACGGCAAUAUAGAUGAAUAUAAACUGAAACUGAUUACUUUUGCCCGGACCAAUAUGGCGGCGACGUUGACAUAUAAUCCACUAGCAAAUGCGGCAUCUAUUACAGGCACAGGAACGUCUUCCUCAGAGUAGGCAUACUCAGAGACGAAGAAAUAGCACAAAGAACGAGAAACAUCUCUUCACACCAAGAUAUGGACCCAAAUGCACUAACCAAGAUGAGGAGAAAGGCGACUCCUCUGCACAAGCAGCAGUCUACGCCGUCUGUUCUGGGCAAGGACAUGCCGCGGCAGUUCCAGAAGAUGUCCUUCAGUGAGGUGGAUGAGCAGGUGAAGCGGCUAGCUGAAAAGGUGUUUGCAUCCGCACUAAAAGAGGAGAACACCAGAGAUGCCAUGUCUAUGUUUACCGUGCCUGAGGAUUGCCCCAUCGGCCUCCAUCAGGCUAAGGAGAGAGAGCUGCUCAAAGGGCUGGCUGAGGAACAUUCUGAAGAGAGCAUCAAAAGGAAGAAGAGUCUUAAGCUGAUCCGCUCCCAGUCUAUAUCUCUUCAGAUCCCCGGUGCGUCUGAGUGGGCCAUGUCUGUAGUUGGUCCUCUCUUCACCCCAGAGACAUCUAAAACUCCUUUCCCAAGCAAUGUCCCAGAGUUCCAGAGAGUCACCAUCAGUGGAGACUACUGUGCAGGGAUCACAGUUGAAGACUAUGAGCAGGCAUCAAAAAGCCUGUUGAAAGCAUUACUCAUAAGGGAAAAAUAUGCCCGUCUGGCAUACCACCAUUUUCCCAGAAUUACUGCCAAGUUUAUAAGGAGUGCCAGUAAUGACACAUGGAAUGAAGAUGAUGAUGUUUUGCCAGAUAGCACUCCUUGCCCAAGUGAGGGUGAGGACCCAUACAGUAUGGAGGACAUCCCUCAGAACUUGGACUACAUCCUGAAAAUGAAGGAUGGCAUCAUAUAUGUGUAUGAUGAUACGGAAGCUUUGAGUAAAGACAAACCACACAGUUUACCAUACCCUGACAUGGAGACCUUCACUAUUGACAUGACUCAUGUCCUUGCCAUGAUUGCUGAUGGACCAACGAAGACAUAUUGUCACAAAAGGCUUAACUUCCUUAUGUCCAAGUUCUACUUGCAUGAGAUGUUAAAUGAGAUGGCAGAGCUGAAGGAAUUAAAGUGUGUUCCACACAGGGACUUCUACAAUGUCAGGAAGGUGGACACCCACAUCCAUGCAGCAGCCUGCAUGAACCAAAAGCACCUGCUCCAGUUCAUCCAGGACACAUGUAAUACAGAGGGAGAUCGAGUGGUGAUGGAAAAGGAUGGGAAAAAGCUCACACUAAAGCAGGUGUUUCAAAAUCUCCACAUGGACCCUUACGAUCUCACAGUGGAUUCGCUAGAUGUCCAUGCUGGCAGGCAAACGUUCCAUCGUUUUGACAAGUUUAAUUCCAAAUACAACCCAGUAGGUGCAAGUGAGCUUCGUGAGAUCUAUCUAAAAUCUGACAACUACAUUAAUGGAGAAUAUUUUGCACGUCUGUUAAAGGAGGUGGCACAUGGUCUGGAGGAGAGUAAGUACCAGUAUGCAGAACCUCGUCUCUCCAUCUAUGGCCGCUCUGCCAGUGAAUGGGAAAGCCUAGCAAAAUGGUUCAUACAGCAAAAGUUGUACUCGCCCAACCUAAGAUGGAUGAUCCAGGUGCCACGGAUAUAUGACAUUUUCAGAGCCAAGAAGAUAAUUCCAAACUAUGCCAAGAUGCUUGAGAACAUCUUCCUUCCUCUGUAUGAGGCUACUGUUAACCCUCAGAAGCACAAGGAAAUUCAUGUUUUCCUGAAAUAUGUGACAGGCUUUGACAGUGUGGAUGAUGAGUCCAAACAUAGUGAUCACAUGUUCUCCUUUAAGAGCCCUAAACCAGAGGAAUGGACCACGGAGGAAAACCCACCUUACAGUUACUACCUCUUCCAUAUGUAUUCCAACAUCAUGGUGCUGAACAACCUGCGAAGGGAACGUGGCCUCUGUACCUUCCAGUUCCGUCCUCACUGUGGAGAAGCAGGCUCCAUUACUCACCUGGUGUCAGCCUUCCUCACUGCAGAUAACAUCUCUCAUGGCCUCAACCUAAAGUUUAGUCCUGUUCUGCAGUACCUUUACUACCUUGCCCAGAUACCAGUUGCCAUGUCUCCUCUGAGCAACAACAGCCUGUUCCUUGAGUACUCCAAGAACCCACUAAGGGAGUUCCUCCAUAAGGGCCUGUGUGUCUCACUGUCCACUGAUGACCCCCUGCAGUUCCACUACACUAAAGAGGCACUAAUGGAGGAAUAUGCUAUCGCAGCACAGCUGUGGAAGCUCAGUACGUGUGAUGUCUGUGAGAUUGCUAGAAACAGUGUCCUACAAAGUGGUAUCUCACAUCAGGAAAAGAAACAUUUCAUAGGUGAGAACUACCUACAGGAUGGACCAGAAGGGAACGACAUCCGCCGUACCAACGUGGCCCAGAUCCGCAUGGCCUACAGGCAUGAGACCUUGUGCAAUGAGCUCAGCUUCCUGGUGGAUGCAGUUAAGACUGAGAGCACACUGACUGCACAGACAGUGUGAAUAUACUGGAAUUUACAGCACACAUAGAAGCCAAACUAGAAAACCAGGAAGCAUGAAACAUAUGGUUUGCAUAAAACAGGCUCAAUACAUACAACACAUCACUUAGUACCUUGUUAAACUUUUGGGUGGUUAAAAACUCUUGUCAAAAGUGGGACAAUGCGUUAUCUCUUUUAUUCUGUGCCGCUUUUCCCCCCACCACAUGAGAAGCACAGCAUUUGCAUAAUAUUGUGAAUGUAACAGUUUCAGGACCAGGGCACAUAACUUUUUUUUUUUUUUUUUUUUUAGCUUGCUUGCUUGUGUGUGUGUUUGCGUGCAUUUCUUUUUUCAUCCACUGGUGCCUAUAGGGAUCUGAAAACUGCCAGGCAGCAAACUUUUUUUUUUCUAUUACAAGAAUAAAGUUUCAUACUUGUCUAAAAGUAUGUUCUAAUCUUUGACAAAUUACACAGCACAUUACAUAUUUUAAUGAAUAUUUCUUUACAAAUGUAUUUGAAGGUUUUUUUAUUCUAUAAAAGAUACUUUUAUUGAUAUAGCUCAAUAUUGUUGUGGAAGAAACAGGUUAACAGCAUAAUGAGCUCAUAAGUGUUUAGACAUUUAAAAAGUUUAAUUAUGAGGAUUAUAAUCAAGAAAAAUAUACAUCUAGUGUGCUGCUCUUAUAUUAUCAUAUCACAGGUCAUACAUGGCAAACCAGAAAAUGUAUAUUAAAUAAUUGACUGCAAAAUUAACAGGGCAAAAAAAGAUACUAGUCCUAUUAUAUAAGUAAACAUUUUAAAUAUCCCCAGUAGCUAUAAAUGCUGAAAUCUUUUCACAUUAUAUAGACUAAAUCAAGCAAAUUUUUGUUAGCUUAAACAUUUAUCCUAGUCACCACUAAAUAACUGACCUAUAUGAAAACACUUAUUAUAUCCCAGAACACCUUAUUUAAGCAGCCUUACAAAUCUUAGUAAGUUCACCAGAAGAAACAAGGUGUCUAAUGCAGAACUCUCAGUAGAUGCACUUCUAUUCAGCCUACAAACUUACAAACUUAAGUGACUUCCAACACUUCUGAGAAAUAAAAGAAAACAUUAUGCAGUUGUACAUUCUCAAAACAGUCACUAGCACCACGGAAGGUAGCUAGAACCAUUUCUUUUCAUUCAGCCCUAUACACAACCAAUGAGAGAUUCAAAAAUAAGCAGCAAUUAGUCAAUACAUUUCACACAAUAAAACUUUUCUAGUGAAGUUGAACAAAUCAAAUAUCUAAAUGACAAUGGGCCUCAUUUAUCAAUAAUUAAGUAAUAUUUUGUGUAACUCUUUUUGCAAGCCAGACAAAAAAACUAAAUAAAUCCUGCCAGAUGUGCAAAAGUUUCAGUAGUUUUCGUCAAGUGCAUAUAUUGAUGAAUGCAAAUCACCCAUAAAGUGCGAAGUGCAUUCAUGGCACAGCUGAUUUGCAUUUAGUGAUGCCCACAAAACUCCAUAAAAGGCAAAGCUCACAGUGAGCUGAAUACAACAAAAGAAAAAGUAUAUGAAUAAAGAACACCUCCUUAGUGCUGCAUGUGCUAAAUCUAUCCAGUAAUGCAGAUAAGCCACUGAAGUAUGUCAGAUACCGUGAGCACACACUAACUCUGUCUCCUUUUAUAUGGCAGUAUUUCUUUUGUUCUUAUUGAAUAGCUAGUCUUAUUUGUCUUAAUUUAUGGGUUUGUUUUGGAUAGCUUUCACUAAUAUGUCACUAAUAUGAAAUGUACAAGAUACGAACAAAUUUUCAAACUAACUGG